AUGCCGUCUAGGCGUGAUGCCUGUGGCCAUGGUUCCCACGGUCGAGGUACGAGAGGUAGAGGCACUCAUGAUACUCGGUCGACCCGAGCACACCCUACUCCACCCAUCGUGGACCCUAGUCUUGAUCCUAUCUCUGAGGUCAUAAUUCUGCCCCCUAUACCGCCUAUUCCUCUGCCCGAGCCUACUGUUCUGGUUACAGAGGCUCCAUCUCCUUCAGCCGCACCCGUGCCUCCACUUGAGACUCAUCAGCCUACAACCAUCCCAGUUCCCGAUCAGAUCGAUUUGCCAGGCGCUAGCGCUAUUUCUAGAGAGUUUAAGCAGCAUGACCCUCCGAGAUUUAGGGGUGAGCUUGACCCUUCUGCCGCUGAGGCUUGA